CAUUCACUAAUACAUCAUUCGUACAGCAACAGCAACAGCAACAGCAACGCGAGCGAUCCAGCUGAGCUGCGCUGUAGUUGUAGUUGUAGUGAAAGAUAUUGAGUAGCUAGCGUCCGCCAUGUCCACCGGUACCACUGCCCCGCCGCCGCCUACACUCACUUGCCGAGCCGCCGUUGUGUGGGGAGAAAAUCAGGAUCCAAAGGUGCAAGAGAUACAAGUCGAGCCUCCCCGCUCCGGAGAGGUCCGACUGAAGAUGCUCUUCUCUAGCAUUUGCCACACCGACGUCCUCGCCUGCAGGGGGUUCCCCACCCCAGUGUUUCCCAGAGUCCUCGGCCAUGAAGGCGUCGGCGUGGUGGAGAGCGUGGGAGAAGGUGUAGCGAGGCUGGAAGCAGGAGAUUUGGUGAUCCCGACAUACCUAGGGGAGUGUGGCGACGCCUGCGAAAAUUGUAGAUCCGGGAAGACGAACCUAUGCCAGACGUAUUCCCUCCAGGCAUUCACCGGCCUCAUGGCCGACGCCACCACUCGAAUGUCGGUGCAGCUUCCCGAUGGUCUCCGCAUCCGCCUCCAUCACUUCCUCAGCUGCUCCACCUGGUCGGAGUACACAGUCGUCGACGCCAACUACUUGGUCAAGGUCGAUCCCACCAUUCCCCUCCCUCAAGCCAGUCUCCUUUCCUGCGGUUUCACCACCGGUUUCGGCGCCGUCUGGAAGGAAGCCAAGGUGCACCAUGGAUCCACCGUCGCCGUUUUGGGACUUGGCGCUGUCGGACUCGGGGUGGUGGAGGGGGCGCGAGUCCAGGGCGCAUCUCGAAUAAUAGGGAUCGACAUAAACGAAAGCAAGCGCAAGGUGGGGGGAGCCAUGGGAAUGACUGAUUUCAUAAACCCUAACGACGGGGACGAGGGUAGUGAUGGCAAGAUGAUCAAGUCAAUGUCCAUCUCAGAAAGGGUGAAACAGCUGACGGGGGGCAUGGGCGUGGACUACAGCUUUGAGUGCACUGGAAUUCCUCAUCUGCUGAACCAAGCUCUCGAGGCUGCAAAAGUGGGAAUAGGGAUGACGGUGAUGCUGGGAGCGGGGACUGAUAAGAGCGUGGGGAUCGAGUUCGCCACAUUGCUGGGGUGCAGGACAAUGAAGUAUGCAGUGUUUGGUGGGGUUAAGGUUCAGUCAGACCUUCCCCUUAUCAUCCACAAAUGCAUCAACAACGAAAUUCAAAAUUUGGACAAGCUUAUAACGCAUCAAGUAGCGUUGGGGGGCAUAAAGAGGGCAUUCGAGCUGCUCAAGGAACCCCAUUGUGUGAAGGUUAUCAUCAACUUUUGAUUCCUUCGGCAACUAAUUCCUACCAUUGCUAUAUAGCUUUUCAUUUAUGCUCAAAUGUUUAUAUAUCCCUCCGUCCACAAACUAAUGUCUACUUUCCUAUUUGGGACGUACAACAACUAUUAUCCUAUUUUUUUUUUUAAACACAAAUUUUACAUUUUUAUCAUUCAUUUAUAAGCUAAGAGUUCACAUCCGAAAAGAAGGCGUUUAUUACUUUUAAUCUCUACCGUAUUAAAACUUAUAGAUAUAUUUUAGGACAAUAAAAAAUGAAAGGAAGAAGUAUAUAUUAUAUUAUAGGGGGCAUUUUCGGGCCGGCCUGGUCCGUUUUCAAUUUGUGCCGGAACAGGCCUGGCCCAGUUUACGGUCGGGCCUGGGAGCUCAAGCCCGAGCACAGUCCA